AUGUCAAUUGCUAAGACAGCUGCGCAGGCUGUGCUGUCUGAUGCCCUGCUUCAGAACAGUAAUGUAGACAACUGCAUUCGUCACCUGGAACUGGAGCUGCCUUUAGACAAAGUCAUCAAAUUUGUAUCUGUGGGACUUCCUCUAAUGCUGGUAUCUUUGGCAUUUGCUCGAGAGAUCUCAAUUGGUCCACAGGUUAGCUGUUUUCCUCCCAGUAACUUCACAACGAAGCAGGCUGCAUAUGUAGACAUGUAUUGCUGGGAUUCACUGAUGCACCAUGAGUUUGACGCAAAUGGAAACUCUGAAGAACAUUCAUUGUGGGUUCAUAAGAUGUUCCCCUACUCCCUGUUGAUCAUGGCGAUGAUGAUGUACCUUCCAGCAAUGAUCUGGAAGUUUCUGGCUAUGCCAACUCUAGGUUCCGAUCUGAUCUUUAUAAUUGAUGAGCUGGACAAGUCUUACAACCGCUCAGUGCGCUUGGCACAGAGCAUUGUUGAACUUAAACAGAAUACAGACCCAUAUGAAUUUCAGGUAGAGUUGCAGAGAGCCAAGAGGAAGCGUUACUUUGAGUACCCUCUGCUGGAGAGAUACAUGCAAUACAAGCAUGGUUCCUAUUUCCUGGUCAGCAUGCUGUUCCUGCGUGGAUUCCUUUUGCUUACCUUCAUGUCAGCUUCCUGUCUCUACCUGGUUUACUUCCACCUCUCAGCCUUCCUGCAGGACGAGUUCAGCUGCUUUAUGCGUACCGGAAUUCUCCAAGAUGAAGUCUGGGUUCCCACACUGGUGCAGUGCAAGAUCAGCGGCCUGAUGGUGUUCCAGGUCAUUAGCAUAGCUAACGGUGCCACCUACGUGCUGCUGGGUCCCAUUGUUCUGUUCAGCUUGCUGCGCCUCUUCUGCUGGGACACCAGCUUCCUCUCGCUGUAUGAAGUACUUCCUGCUCUGGGGCUCAUCCGUGGUCAGAAGCUGGGCUGCCCAUUGAAUGACUUGAACGUGCUUCUCCUAUUCCUGCGCACUAACGUGGCACACCUGCGCUCGUACGGUCGACUCAAGGCCUUGUGCUCACUAGCGCCACCUCAUUUGCACAGGGGUAAGGGCAUGCUGACAGAGGAGCAGGUCGAGGAAGCUGCUGAAGCAGCUGAGGAGCUAGAAGAGGAGAUACAGGAAACUAGAGAGGAGGGCAAACACAAUUUAGUGGACAUCAUGACCAUGCUUGGGGCAGCCAGAGGGAAUGUGGUGAACUGCCCUGAGCAGCACCCUCUGGUGGAGGAGAACAUGACACUCGGUACAGUUAGCCUCAUCUGUCUACUCAAGAGCAUCCUGAUAGUAGGCAUAAUUGUGUAUAUCAUAUGGGAUGUUCAGAAAAUAAUCAAGUAA